AUGGUUACAGGAGCUCGGGUUGCAACGUACAAAGCAUGCUGGAAUGAAGACUACUACGUGAGUUUGGAUAUCCUAGCCGCCAUAGAUAAGGCAAUCGAAGACAAUGUCAACAUCUUAUCCAUCUCGAUCGAGUUUGGCACUCUGGAUUACCAAAGCGACGACAUUACCAUCGGAGCAUUACCAGCCACCAAGAGAGACAUAAUUGUGUAUGCGGCAGCUGGAAACCAUGGUCCACGAGAUUCGAAUCUCGUAAAUUUGUCCUCGUGGAUAACAAAGGUAGGUGUUAGGACCAUCGAUUGGAAAUUUUCGGCGAUUGUUGUCCUUGGAAACCAUAAGACCUUUCCCGGUGUCUCAACAUUGUUCAAAAUUCGUGCUUUACCCAACAAGCAAUUCCCUUUGGUUUAUGGUCUAUUGGGAGGAAACGUAACGGGCGAACUAGUCUUCGUUGAUAUGGGACUAAGUGGCAACGAUGACAUUAAAACGGCGACAAGAUCAGCCUGCGGGAUUAUAUUUGCUAACACCAUAGGGGAUGGAAGAGAGUUUAUAGCUCAGUUUGGUUUGUUUCUAUCCACUAUCUUCGGCAAGUUAUUCGGUGACCAAAUAUGGGAGUAUAUAUUGUCCAAGUCAAAUCUGAAGGUCGCGGUUCAAUUCAAAGGAACCGUUCUCAACGUGAAUUUAUCCUCUAUUGUGGCGAGUUUUAGCUCUCGAGGCCCAUUAAUUUCUCCAGAAAUUAUGAAAUCUGACAUCAUUGCGCUAGGGUGUUAA